AUGAGGCUUUGGUCGUGCCUCAGGAGGCCCGCAGAGAGGGCGGAGACCGCGAAAUCGCCGCGGGAAACGGGGAACUUCGCAGACAUCCAAGUGGCUGUGGGGGGCUGCAAGCCCGUGCACGAGGCGGAAAUCCUCGCCGAUACCGACGCUGUUCUGAUGCCGGGCGCCAUGCCGCCGGCCCGUGGCGCGGGGGGCCUGCCCGGCGCCCAGGCGCCCGCGAGGGAACCCUCGUGGCGCUGCCAGGACACGAACGGCAAACGUGUCAGCAUCCAGGCCGGCAUGCCGCCCAGAGGCAGCACCCCAACCGUCCAGCGAUCCUCCUGCGGACACCUCUCCGGGCAGCUCUCCGGGGCCGCGUUCCAGACGCUUGCUCAGGCCCCCAAGCGCUCCACGACGCAGUCCCGGACACAGCGCGCGUCGCAGGCCCGGCGGAGGCCGUCGGUGAAGCGGUGCUCGGUGCCCGCGAUGCCAUCUGAGCUCCCGGACGCCGGGGCGCGGGCCGCGGGGCCGCCGCAGCGGCUCGCGACGAUGACCAACCUGCAGCUGCCGGGCGCGGGCGACUCCAAGCCCGUCCGCGCGCUCAGCAAGCUCAAGCUCAAGGAUGACCCGCGCGACGGGUAUCAAGGGCUGCUGGGGGCGCUGGGGCUGACCGCGCACAAGGGGACCGUCAUCAACGCGGGGCUGCCGUUCGACGGAGAGAUCGACGCGUGA